GCCGGUUCGCGACAGUCGGCACGAGUGGUUUCCUUCCAGUUUGUUUGGGUUGAACUAUGAACCAUUUCGUCAGAUACUGGUCGUUGUGCUGAAGGGAAAACUAAUACGAAGAUGAGGACAAUACUGCUGAGACUAGUGCAUUAUUUGAUAGCACUUGGAGAGUUUCUGAGAUACCUGGUACUUUUUGCCCCUUCUCAAGCAUUUGUAUUUGCCCGAAAAUCUGCGCAGACACCUUUAUCCAUACAGUCGGAUUCAAAAUCACUGAAGAAGUUACCGUCGCAUGUUGGGUUACUUGUUGCUGAGGAUGACUUCUCAUUCAAAGACCUGGCUAACAUGAUUGUUUGGUCUGUCUCUCUUGGGAUCUCAUACCUUACUAUCUAUGAUAUAAACGGUGAAAUAAAGCGCAACAGUUUGUUGCUACAGAGAAACAUUGAUGAAAGUAAGGAGCAUGUGAUGGGCCACGACAGCUCCCAUUACGAUAUCCAGUUAUUUUCAUCUUCUCAUCCUCUUGUUCAUCGUUCAACAGGUACUUCAAAAUCUCGUCACUGUUGCGUUCAUUUACUUUGUGUGGAAGAUGGUCAGAGGAAAAUUGUCAAUAUGUCUCGGCACCUAAGUGACUUGGUGUGUCGUGGCAGCUAUAGUCUUCAAGAUAUACAACCCUGCAAUGUUGAUAGCUUUUUUCAAGAAUCAAUGCAGUUUCCUGACCCUGAGUUAUGUGUAAAAUUUGGGAAUGUCGACAGCCUGCUUGGAUAUCUGCCAUGGCAAGUUCGGCUUACAGAAUUCAUAUCUCUACCAUCCCACAAAGGUAUAUCGUACAAGUCAUUCCUGUCUUCCAUCGUUCAGUUUGGCAACACUGCUCAGCGUUUUGGCAAGUAGUUUGAAGCUGUUCAUCGUCUGUCAGUCAAGAGUGAUCUAAGUGAAGAUAACAAAUAUUUGGUUUAAAUGCUGUUGAUGUGAUAGUGCCAUUGUGUUGUGAUGCACAUGUUUUUAGGGGACUAUAGAACAAGCUGGUGUGAGGAUUUUGUUGUUUGUCCAAGUGAAAGGCCUGUGGUGUUUAAUGGUCUUGUCUGUGGCAGUGAGGUAUGUAAGAAAUAUAUACGAAAAAUUGCAACAAGGAGCUGAUUAUAGUGCAGAAAAUUUCUCUAUUCAAUGCAAAUGGUCAUUAUACAAUCUAUCCAUAUUCUAAUUUUUUAUUUUGUAGUCGAUGAUUGUUUGAACUUGUAAAGGCUAUCAUCAUGUACUCAUAGAUUACCCCCGCCCCUCACCCAUAUGUAACUUAUUUUAUAGACAGAAUUUCACCACUGUCAGUGUAACCAGAGAGCUGUGUACUUUUAUAAAGUCAAGUAGAAUGCUUAUCUGAGAAAAGUUGUAUAGUUUGACAUUUAUUUACACUUCUAUGUGUAAACCAGGAUUCUGAGUGCAGAUCAUUUGCAUUAUUUUAAGAGAAUGUGUGUUUGAGAAAUUAUGAGGUAUGUUAAACCAUAGUUCAAUCCUUUUUAAAUGUGAAUUGUAUGAUGUGCUUUAAAGUAAGCUCGAGUGAACUGUUUUUGUCACCCUCAAUAUCCAAUAGUUACUUAACAGCUUCUGUUUGGCAGUGCCAGUAUCAUAUACCAUGUCAAAAACUACAUGUCAUUUGUCUUUUUUUGUGUGGGAAGGAUCCAUUCCAAGGUUCUUUUUUUAUAGUCUCUUUUGUCUCUGAAAAGUUUAGCAGGUAUCCUGCAUGUGACCUUUGGUACCUGGGUACUGAGCAAAACAAAGUCCUGUUGAUGGUGAAUAUAUCUUGUAUGUUUAAUGUGUCCAGUUGUCACCUGCACAGGGACAUUGACCUCUACUGUCAGGGUCCAGGUGUUUUCUGGCCAGUGAUAAACAGACAUGUAGCCGAGCGCCAUUGGACAGUCACUUUCUGCAACAUGUUUCAUGAAAGUGUAAAGCACCAAGUGUAAAUUCUCAACAGUGCCUGUUAUUUUGCUGUGUACAGCAUGUUUUCCUGAAGAAUGCAUAGGUUUAUGUCUACAACAGUUGCUGACACUUGGUUGAGACAACCUCUGACUGCAGUUACAUUACUUAAUUGCAGUGUAUGCUAAGAAUAGUAAUUUUUCCCAAAAGCUUUGUGGGCCAACAGUUCUCCUUUUACUCUUGGCGAAAAGAGGUCUGAUUGUUAAAGAUAAAUUUGUUCUUGCCAAGUGGCAACUUUAGUGUGUUAAAGGCUCCGUGAUGUAACAUAAGAAAUUGUUGGCAGAAUUUGGAGGAAAAGAAAAAGCAGAAAACUCAAUCAAGUGGUUGUCGAAUGUGCUGCGAAGUGAAGCGUAAAGCUGUAAGCGAAUAUUGUCAACUAUGAUCAAAGUUGGUGAAAGAGAAAUGUAUACAGGUAGAGGGAUUUAGUAAUGGAGAUAAAUGUUGAGAUUGAAGAAUUGGCUUGAUCGUUGAAUGAUGAGGAAGAAAUCUGAGUAUAUUUUAUGUGUGCUGUUCGUUUUAUCCCGAGGCGGGUACAACUAGCAGGUGGAUUUUUUAAAAAAAAGUGAUUUAGAAAUAACAGUGGGAAGAGCUAUGUCAAAUAUCAUCGUGGCAUGUGCAGUGUGUGGAACAAAAAAAUGUUCUCUGCUGGUUUGUGGUGCUGUUGGUGCUAGUCCCGUUGUGUGAACACUUUUCCUUUCUCUCCUUGUGCUUUUGGGUUUGAUGUUGAACGUUCUCUUGCCUUAGUCCCGUUUGUCAUUUGUCCCAUGUGUGAGAACAGGGAUUCCGGAAUAUUUAUGUUUACUUACAUGACAUGUCUAAUACCCUCACUCCUUUAAAAUGCAUAGAUAAUAUAUAUAUUAUGUGUGUAUGUGUUUGCGCAUAUAGUGGAGUCCACUUAAACUGAAAUCCAUGGGACCGCCAGAUUUUCUUGGGUUUAGACAAAUUGCUCAAAUAUCAAAGACAAAAUCAGGGAUUCCAUUUUCUUUCGGCUUACUGCUGUUUUCGGAUAUCUGUGUCUGAUUUAAGUGGACUCCAUUGUAUCUUUUAAUAAAAUAAAUAUGUAAGUUAAAUUAAAUAUGUUGAUUCCAAAUGUUGAUUUAUUCAAUUGUAGCCAUUUUCUUGUUUCCUGUGAAUUUCGCACAAGAAUCCGUGAUGGAUUGUCUGAACAGUGAGUGACUGUCUUUCUACUUCUUGUUCUCAAAACACACACUUAAAUACAAGAACAAAAAAUGCAAAGGAAAGUAGAAAGUCUUUUUUUUUUGUGUGUGUGUAGAGAUCAGUAUCCCAAAUAUUUCCGUGGGUAGUUCAAGAGUUGCCAGGGCUGUCGAUGAGUGAGAAGUUCUUGUACCCGUGUCUAACAAUGACAGCUGGAGAGAAUGGAGCACAUUCAGCUCAUAAUUAAUAAGAUACUUAUUCUGAUAUCUUUCCCUCAAAUCAAAAUUGUCCUUCCCCAUGACAGGGAGUUAGAUUUCAAGAUUGAGUCAGAUGGGCUUCAGUAUGACAUGAAUAAAUUCCAUUUGUCUCAUAUUUUUUAGUGUUAAGUAUUAUUGAUUACUGUUAAAGUUAAAUGAGGUGGACAAGCAUAGCAUGAUUUGAGCAGGAGAUACAGGGGUAUGAAUGUUCUCUUGAUGAAAGGGCUGGAAACUUAAACUGGCGUCUCAGAUUCCUGUGCCUAUAGCUGACAUGAUGUUUUUUCUGCUUAAUAUGCCAGUGAGGAUUUAGAAAUCUGUAUCUUAGAUUAUCCAUAUAACCUAUUCUUCUGUUUUGUCUGUCUGUCAAUUAAGAGAAGUGGCUGUUCCAAUGGUUUUUUUUCUAGAUUUAAACUGUAACUUUUGUUACUUUGAUGGGGGAAACUGUUGUGAUCUUUAGGUAGCUUCUAUUACAUUGAUUUUGAAACCAAAGCUUAUGUCAAUGUUUUUGGGGUUUUGGAUUAUUUUUUCUGUUGGUGUUUCUAAUAAUUCUAAAAUGCUGAAAGGAAUGCUAGAUUUUAUACGAAAUGAAGUUACCUGUGACAAAAGUUUCAUGGUUCAGACUUAUGUUAAAACCUGUUGCUCCUGAAAAUAAUUUUUCUCCUCACGGCAUAGGGACAUGUAAAAUACUGUACAAAUACAAGAAGGGUUGCUUUGUCCGGUAUUAGCUCUUGGCAGAUCAAAUGCGAGAUUUUCCUCUUAUUGACUUAUUUCUAAAUGUAGGCUCCCUUUAAUUUUUUUUGCGCCUUUUCAAUGCAAAUUGAUUUACAUAUAUUUAAUUUGAAGUAUGCAGUGCUCUGGAGUCAAUGAAUCCUGUAAUUCUAUGAGGAAAGUUUUUCCUGAGUCCAUGAAGAAUGCUUUGUGUGAGAUAUAUUAUAUUUGUAACUUUCGUCACUUCGUCUUAAGUUUGCUUUUUGCUCGUACCCUGUGACAGUUUGUGUCCAUCGGGCUGAAAGUGGAAGAGAAUGGCUUCUGAAUGUAUGAUUGAAAUAGAAUGCUAUAUUCUGAAACGAGACACUUCCAAUGAUGAAACAAAUUGUAGACAACAGUGUGUUUCAUGUCUAAUCCAGUGAUGAUUGUUUCCCCUGAAUCUUUGUCCAAUUUUAUUAUACUUCUUUAACCCUGGCCUGUCUUGACAAGUGGCUACAUCAGUUGACUCCUCAAGAGGGUUUGGCAUUUUGUCAUGUUAUAGAAAACAAAAAGAUUUUUUGUGUUUCUUAAAAUUAGUUCCCUAUUGACUGGGCUUUCAAGAUUUGUCAGAAUAUCAAUGCACGCAUUAUCGUGGAAGGAAGAACGAGUUGGUCGACUGAAAAGAAACAAACAUUCUGUCAAGCAAGGCAGACCUCAUCUAGUGUCACUGGUUGCAAGUUUUGUCUGCAAAGAGCAGUUUGUUUUGUUGUUCUGGUUUGUCGUUUACUUGUGUUAUGUUGUCCAUGUAGUUGCUGGAGGCUAUGAAGACUAAUAGUGAAAAGACAUGGCCUGACUCUUGAAAUCACUUUGAACCAGUGUUUCCCUUGAUGUUUCAGACUAUUUUCACAUUGUGCUUUGGUGUUACUUAGGGGUACAGUGCACAUCUUUCACUCCAUGGUCUUCCAGUUGCGCCCUCUUUCCUAUUCAAAUGUCUGUCCUCCUUAUCUCUCCUCUUAUUUUUUUCUUUGUAUACUACUCUCUUAUAAGCACCUCUAAUCUUUGGCGCUGGCACUUUUAAUAUAACCUAUUUAUGGUGCCAUACAUAAAACUUUUUCUAAGAUUAAAAUGGCCUGUCUCUGUCAACUGGGUCAAAUGCUUUCUCCAGAUCCUCAAACGCACACAUUGUCCAGAUCUCUGCUGUGUUCUGAAGCUUUUUAACAAAUGUGUUUCUGUGCAAAGAUGACGCUGCACAUGCUCUUUCUUUCCUAAAUCCAAAUGAUCCUUUGCUUCAGUUUCAAUCUACUAUGUGUCUUUCUCUAUGUCUUAGGAAGUUUGGCAUACAUGUAUCUGACAUGGCUAAAUAUUUAUAUUGAUUUGCACUGGGGUCUCAUUCAUAGCCCACUGUAGUAAUGAUGUCAACGUCUUUUGAUUCGAGAAUGGGGUGAAUAUGUAGCUUGGUGAUUUGAUGUGAUGGAUAGGACGGAAGCCUAAAUAUAUGGAGAGCUCAUAUGUACUGGCUAACUCAGUGACUGGGGAAAUAAAAAUGUCUAUAUUACAUAUAUAUAUGCAAAUUCACAUUGUGAUAAGGAACAUUGACAUGGCCUGUUCUGAGGCUGUCUCAAUUGUUCUCUCUUUUUCUUUUCUUUUGUCAUUUUGUCUCUCUUUUUGGGGAAGAAAGUAUCUGUGGAGUUCAGCUGGCAGUUGAUUGGGCAUCUGGUAACAUCCUCACCUAAUUGUUUUCUUUGUCAGCGUUCCUAUCCUCAUCCCUUGUGCCUGUUGGAAUAUCUGGAACUUGUACUGUCUCGUUGCAUGCUGUCACAUUUGUCAUGAUGGCUGUUGACUGUGUUCAUGCUGUUGGCAGGCAGACUCAUACAAAAGGCAAUGUAAACAUCAAUAAGAAAAAUAUGGAGUUGUCACAUGAGAAUUUCAGUUGAACCAUCCUCAUUUUGUUUGUUAUGUCUGUGUUAUGAGUAAAGCACAGAGGAUCAUUGCGUGAAGUACCGGUAUCGAGUAAUCUUGGAACUUGAUGAACUUCAUAUGUUGUAAAACGGUUUGGGUCAGUGGCAUUCCAUGAUCUCUUCUCUAUUUCUUAAUGUGUGACUCGUUGGACUAUGCCAUAAAGGCGCUUGGCUGUGGCACACAGGAGACCUGAGUAUGAUUCUCAAGUAAGGAGAAUUUUUAACAAGUACUGCAGUAUUUCUGCUGGGAUGCAAUGCUAUCCCUCUCAGCCCAGGUUGGCCCUGACAGGCAGGGUCAAAGCCCGCCUUCUAAAUGUUUUUUUUUUUAUAAAGAAGAAACAAUUCUUGCAAUGCCCCGCUUUUGUAUGUAUGCUAUGCUAUUGUGGAUGGUUUGUGGAAGUCUGCUUCUGUUUAAUAUGAGCUGUUGAGACAUGGCAAAAUCUUGUCUUACUUGUUCAGAACACAGGUUGCAUAUGCUCAUGGUAAAUGUGUGUGGGUGAUGGUUAACUAAAAGAUAUUGUUUUAUUUUUGCCUUUUUUUUGGUUUCUUUUUUCAUUGUGAAUUAUUGAUAUGAUUUACGGUACUCCAUGCAUAAAGUAUAGGCGUGUAUUUCGAAUCAUAGCCGUAGCCACGUGGGACAAAGCGCAUGUCUGUGACCAAGUUCCACUGGCCUCGUGCCUUCUGCUACGAUUGUAUUGUUCAUGUCCAGCUUUUGAGCCCCGAUAUGCGUGGCUGAACACUGCGAGUGUGAGAUUCAUUCUCAUUUGUAAUGGUUUCCCGGAGGUUGUAUCACUUUGUAUAAGUUCCAUGUCAAGUUGUUGAGUUUGUGAAAAUAUUAAGCACAGGAGACAUUACGUAGCAUACUGUUAUUGUUAGGAUAAUCAGACUGGCUUUAAAUAAGUUAACAGUUGGCUGUAGUUACUGUAAAAUUGACAUUUAAUGCACACACCUUCACAAAAACAAUUAUUUUGCCAAUGUAUACUUGCGAGAGGUAGUGUGAAAGUCACUCUCCUCAAAUAAAAGCAAUGUUAAAACCAA